AUGAAAGAGGCUAUAGCUAUUUUAUUGGUAUUUGUCGGGUGCAUGAGCAAUGUAAUUUUUUUGGAAAAUUUAGUGAGAGAUGAUCCCGGUUGUGGAAAUUUAAUAACGUUUUCACAGUUUUUUUUUAUCGCUUUAGAAGGUUUUAUAUUUACUAGCAAAUGCGGUACGGUUCGUCCUCACAUAAGUAAAAAAAACUAUUUUUUUUUAACCGUCAUGUUUUUCGUUGUGAAUUUAUUAAAUAAUUAUGCCUUUGAUUUUAACGUACCCGUGCCUCUGCAUAUAAUUGUAAGAUCAGGCUCUUUAUUAGCUAACAUGACGCUAGGAGUUUACAUAGUUAAAAAGAAAUAUCCCUUUUCGAAGUAUUUAUCCGUAUUACUUAUUACAAUAGGAAUAGUGGUAUGUACAAUUGUGUCUGGGAAAGAUGUUAAAUCAACAAAUACAAGAGGAAAACCGACAACAUCUCAUGAAGAUUUUUUUUGGUGGACAAUUGGAUUAAUGGUAUUGUGUGUUGCUUUGUUUUUAUCAGCUGCAUUGGGUAUAUUUCAAGAAUCACUAUAUAAAAAAUAUGGUAAACAUUCAAAAGAAGUUCUUUUUUAUACUCAUCUAUUGCCAUUACCAUUAUUUUUAUUCAUAUCACCAAAUAUUUAUUCUCAUGCAAUCAUUGCAUACGAAAGUGAACCAUAUUUAGUAUUAAAUACAUUUCAUAUGCCAAAAUCUAUAUUAAAUUUAAUAGGUAAUGUUUUAAGUCAAUAUGUAUGUAUAUCAUCUGUUUUUUAUUUGACUUCGAAUUGCUCGAGUUUGGUUGUUACCCUCGUAUUAACACUUAGAAAAUUUUUAAGUUUGUUAUUCUCAGUAUUAUAUUUUAAAAAUCCAUUUACAUUAGCUCAUUGGCUUGGAACUAUAUUUGUUUUAAUUGGAACAAUUAUAUUUACAGAACUUCAUAAAAAAAUAUAUAAUAUGACAAUAAGUAAAGAUGAAGGGACAAAAAAAUUAGAAUAA